UAUCUUGUUUAAGAUGGAAACUAUGGAUAGCUUUCUCUGGACAUUCUAAAGGUUUUAGUGAUCAAAUGUUUGAACGCGACAGAAAGAAAUACUUGUUAUGAUUUUUGGGAAUGGCUGUGUUUUCAUGUAUUGAUUUCAAUAUAAAAAUAAUGUCUCAAAAUAUUUUCUUAAACUUAUAAAACCAUUAUAUUUGAGGUCUUAAGCUCAUACUUAUAAUAUAGCAUAGCAAAAUGCAAGGAGCAGAUAAACUUAGCUGUAAGAUUGUCUACUUUGACGGCUGUGGAAUAGUUAAUUUGAUGAAAAUUAGUGGUAUUUUAUGUAGAAAUCUUGUGAAAGAAGACUGCAAAAUGAUAAGGCACUUCAAAUCAAAAAGAUAAAUGGACAAGUACAAGUUUGUUUGAAAAUCAGUCCAUUUGUUAUCUGUUUGAAAAAGGAAAGUGAUUAGAUCGGCAUUCAAAUACAUUGUCAUCAUAUCUAGUGUGACAGAUAUUAACAUUUAAUGCAGAUUUCUGGAUGGUUUUUAAGCAUGGACUGUAUGGCAUUUAAAAAUUCUGCAAAUCAAAUAUGAGUUAUGUGAAAUGUUUAAAAAAAAGCUGGAUUUUUAAGACUGUUUACUGGGAUGAAAGCCUGUUGAAUUAUUUAUUACUAAUAGAGCAGGAUUAUGUAAAAAAUUGUCAUUUCUGACUGCACUAUAAUUGGACCAUCGUACCAUGUUUGAGAGGAUUUCCUAUGUUUUCGUAUCUACAUUAACUAACACUUAACAGAACAGUGAAGCCAGUAGGCGGAGUGUUAUCGUUCAGUAACUAGCAUGCAAAUAAAUAACAACGCUACUCAUCAAACAUUGUCCUUGACAACAUAUGGUACAGAAUGGUUACUAUGAUCACCCCCUACCCUAGGGAUUGAAAUUUUACACUCCUGCUUCAGCACUCAUGUAUAAUUUCAAUAACUUGAGUUUUGGGUGCAUUCAGUAAUUUAUAGCAUACAAAUUAGUAACAAUAUUAGAUGAGCUUCUAACAGAUUCUUCGAUGUUUCUACGUUCAAAUUAGACAAUAUGAUUGUACAUGUAUGUUGAAAUGGAAAACUAUGGACAUGUCAUGAUGUUCUCUCAUAGAAGGUCAACUCCAGCCCACGCAACACGACCAACCUCAUAUGGUCAUGUGACGUACAUGCCUCCGGGGACAGCGACGACUGAUGGUAGUCAUAAUGGCUUCUCCGCAAAUCGGAUUCGUAGACCAAAAACUGCAGCAGCUAUUUUGGGAAUCACUAGGGACUGUGACAGAGUGGCCCAGCUGGAGCAUGAGCCCACACGUAGACACAACCUAGAAAACCACAUGCCCGUAAAGAAGGCCAAACCCCCACCAUGGCAGGCAAAAAUUGACCCACCCCUGGUGCCUUUUGUCGUUGGACCUGGGUACAUCCUGUCCAAGAGUAAAACAAAGUAUGCUGUCACACUCAAAGACGAAUUGUUCGAUCCACCAAUCGAUGAGGAGAAAAAGAACAAAAAAGUUGACCAUGAAAGGGAAGGGUUGAUCUCGGACCUACAGAACCGGAUAUCGGACCUAACCCUCUACCUGGAAGAGGAGAGACUCAACCACAAACAGACCAAACAGAAGGCUGAAGAGUUUCUAAAAGACAAGGUUGAUGAAUUAGAAAAUGCAAAAAAGCAGGCUGUGGCGGAGAAGGAGAGAGAAUGGAAAGAUGAGUUGGAAAAUGUAAGAAGCCAGUUGGAGACAGAACACAGCAGUUAUAAGGCUACAGCUGAGGGACAAAUAACCCGUAUGAAGAAAGAGAUAGAGUUUCUUCAGGGGGCGUUUGACUCGUACAAAUCAUCGCUUCACCAGGAGACGAGCGACAAGUGGGCGCGGAAACAGGAGGACCUUACCACAGAGCUAGAGCAGAAAAAGAACCAAGAAAUUCAGGAAAUCAAACAAAAGUUUCUGCAGGAGAAGAAUUUGGAGAAAGCCCAGUACAGUAGGGAACACCAUCGGGCUCUGGAAAAUCUACGCAAGGAGCACAAACGGGAACUUGAUAGCAUCUUACGAAAGUAUUCUGACCAUGCUGCAGACAAAGAGAGACUGGAAAAGUGUACCCUGGAGCUGGAGGAAACCAAGAAAGAGCUGGCAGAGGUCCAGCAGAGCUACAACCAGACGUGCCAGCAACUCACCAACGUCACCCGCACUCUCACUGACAUGAAAAUGCGGUUGCUGGCAUUUGAGGAGCAAUUUGACCUGAAAGUUCAGGAGGUCGACGAGAAAUAUCAGGACAGGAUAAAUGAACUGCUCACAGAGAAAACUGAACUCAAACGCCUGUAUCGAGCCAAAUGUGAAGAAAUAUAUGAAGAAAAAGUCAUGUAUGAGAAGGACAGGGUACAGAGGGUUAUGACUGCCAAAGAAACCAUGAACAAAAUGCUACAAUCAAAGCACAAAGCUAACGUGAAUCUUGCACCAUCCAUGAAGGAAACACAAGAGAGGAAACGCACGCCAAAGGUUCGACCUGGUAGCGCACCAAUCACUAAAGGCGAGACUGAGACGGCCUCGUUAAGUGCCGGAGAGACGGAACAUUUACGGCAUGCUCAGGAAGAGUAUGUACGCCCAGAAGUGUUCCUGCCGGAAGACACAGAGGAAAUUCAGAAAUUACGGGAAGAAUUAAUGGCCGAUGUGAGGUCGAAACCAAUGGAUGAUAGUAUAUCGAACACUGUGUCAUGAUCUUUGGUAGAGGACUCUGAUUUUUUUAAUGUAAAUUUAAAAUUUACCUGCAGGGUGACUGUUUUGAAAAGAAAAUGUUCAUUUUUAGACUUUUUUAUUUUCUGAAAUUGUUUUUAAUGUAACAAUGUUGAAUAUAUGAUGCUGAUAUUUCAGUUUUAGAAAAUACCAAAAAAUAUUUGAUUUAUAAAAAUAUGGUUACAUAUUAUACAAAAUUUGUUUAGGAUUAUAUGAUGAAAGCUUUUUAUUCUUUUAAAUGAAUAAGAAUGUUUUAUUAUUAUUAUUAUUCAAAAAUAUUAUAAAGCACUUUUAAAAAGUAAUUUUUCAACAUUUUUGAAGGCUGUGUUUGUCAGCCUAGAAAUUAUACUGAUCUUGUGGUAGCAAUUUUUACCUACUUCAAAAUGUAUUUUUGUAAGUUAUAGUUAUGCUUUUAGAUUGAAAUCUCACAUUGUCAAUAAAAUGUUUGCCAAAUAUUGCAGGAUGCCAAUUUUUCAGUCCAUACUGUUUUAUUUCUAUGUUUAUCAUCAACUCCCAUCUUCUCCAAACCCAGCUAUCUAUUCCCCAAAUCAAAUACAGCCUUUCCGAAAAAGCAGACAAUUAAAGCUCACCAAUUCAUAUGGAAUAUAAUUUAGGGAUUAUAAGUAUCAUCUUAAGAUUUCAAAACAAUUGCCUUCCUCAAUUACAAAUUAAAAUACAGAUAGUUAUCAGAAAUAAAUCAUAAAAAAAGCUUUAAAUAAAGAAAAUUUUAAAAUUUACAUAUUUUGUUGGCGGAACCAGCUUUCAAAAAGUGCAUAAUUUUUAUAACAUGCCUUCAUCUUGUGAAAAAUGAAUUUGUCUAUAAUAAAGAUAAAUCUCUAAAUAUAAGCACCUCACAACCUGAAAACCCACUAACAUAGAAAUACAACCAUAUGGCCUGAUCAUCUUUUACAAGACCGGAUAUAUUGUUGUUACCAAGAUAUUACCAUAUUUUCCAUUUAUAAUUUAACAUUUAAUUUAUAAUAUAUCAACAACAUUGAAUAUGUAGAUGUUUACCAUUUAAUUGUUAUGUUUUAUUUAUCUGUGAUACUUAUGUACUUAAAAGAUGUUUUUUUCUUUUGUUUCUAGAUCUGCGCUAGUCACUAAUAUGUUUAGAAUGGUCCCCAACUAAUUUGUUUUAACCCAUUUCUUAUUUAUGUUUCUUAUUCUUUUUUCAUAAAUGAGUAAUAAUUAGUUGUUUCUAGCUCCUCUGUCUUAAAGCUGCACUCUCACAGAUAUACCAUUUUUGCAACAUUUUUAUUUUUUGUCUUGGAAAGAGCAAUUUUUUGCGUAAAUAUCUGCAAACCAAUGAUAUAAUAUUGCUGACAAAAAAUCAGAUCGUAGAUUUUCAUAUUUCCGACGAAAACUAAUGUUUUAUGGCUUAAACCGUUACUAACGGUUUAAGAAAUAUGCGUAAAACAUCAAUUUUUUAACUUAAAUAUAAAAAUCUGCAAUCUAAUUUUUCGUCAGCAGUCUUAUAUUAACUGAUUGCCAUGGAUGUUUGGCACUUUCCAAGACAAAAAAUAAAAAAGCUGUCAAAACGUUUAAUCUGUGAGAGUGCAGCUUUAAAGAAAAAGUUUUGGUAUUGUCAUACCCCUAGUGUUUGUGUCCUUGGCAGCAUGGGCAGCUGCGUGCAGAAACUAGCCUUGGCCAUAGUUUAUAAACUGUUCAAGAUCUUUAAAUGAAACUUGGUACACAUGUUGCCAGUCACAAUAGGCAUAAUAGCAAUUCUCAUUUCUGGUGUUGAGUUAUGCCCCCUAUUUUGACUGACAUAAAAUAAAACAGACAGCUUUGGCGUCGGCUCUGUUUUUGCUCUUGUUAUGACAUGUCAUGUUGGAUCAGAUUGGAGCUCAUUUUCAUUAAUUGUAUUGUUUUGCUAAUUAUUAAGUUAUAACUUUAUUAUGUGAAGAUAUGAAAAAUGAAAGUAGGUUCGAAGUACAUUUUUUUUUAUUGGCUCCCUUUUAUUAGUCUUGAGUUCAUUUUCAUAAAUAUUGUUUUGCUAAUACUAAGGCCUAUUGUUCAUAAUUUUCUUAAAGGUAACAACAUUUUUGAAGUCAUUUUUGUUAACUUUUAAAUCGUAUUGCUUUGGAAGUUUCAUGGACACACCUGUGUUCUGCAGUAUUUUUAACAAGAUUUGAGGCAACUGUUUUUUCUGUGAUCGUUUUACUUAAAUAUAUGAAUAUUCAUGAGCAUAUACCGUACAUGGUCCAAUAGUUAACCUUCAAAAGUUAACAAUUAUGCCUUCAACAACGUUGUUCACUAUAACAAAGUUCUGAAUAAUUGACCCGUUAUGUUAUAACUGUAUAAUGAAAUAAACGAAAAUGAAAGUAGGUUUCAAGCACAA